AUGGCCCAGAGAGUCCACACGACCCUCAUCGACACCAGAUGCGCCCCAAUAGAACCCAGACGCGUCCCGACCAGCCCCAGCGCGCCCAGACGCCCUGCCCGCACCCAUAUCGGUCUACGCGAUCCAAAACCCAUUUUUUUGAGCUGUUUGAGACAUACUCGAGACAACCACCAAAGGACGCCAGAUCAAGACAACUUCGAUAUCGGAUAUGGCGGCGGCAGUGAUGGAAUACACCGGGCUGAUGGAGGAGGCGGUUUGACUCCGACGAAACUCGUGGUGGCGAAUGCCGUUUUUGAAAUUAUGAACUUGACUGAGAAGCAGCUACCAUACUUACUCUCAUAUCUUUUCAAGAAUCUUGAAAAUUGA